AUGGCGGACCAAGUGUUUUAUGGUGAACUAGCGAUAUUAGGUCUUAAUGGUGCUUUGGCUGAGUCUGGAAAUACCGCACGACGCACAUCUAAAAUAUCUUUGUUCAAACGUCGUGAAGCAAAUGGAGUUCGACCUGGACCCGUGAACAAGGUUCCUAAAGCUAGAAACUCAGUCGCAGUGACAAAUCGGAAUACACCUGCCAUCUCAUUUACUUUAUCGAGGAAUGUUACAGUAGUUGUAGAAUAUGUGCCUGAUCCUAAAGUGGAUAUGUUUCAGAUUGGUCGAAGUACUGAUAAUCACAUAGAUUUUGUUGUAUCCGAACCAAAACUAUCAGUUAGUCAAAAUGAUCAACAACACGUCGAUCAUAAUAAUUCGAAAGAUUCUAAUCGUGGUAAUUAUGAAAGUGCUGUUUCACGUUUUGCUUGUCGUAUUCACAUCGAUCGUGAUCCACCUUACACUGCUCGUUUAUAUGCAGCUGGAUUUGAUGCAUCAAAUAAUAUUUUUUUAGGGGAACGUGCUAUAAAAUGGAAGUGUGAUAAUUCUAUGGAUGGUUUAACAACAAAUGGUGUCAUGAUGUUACGGAUUCCUCCAGCUAAAAUUAUUGAACAAACAAAUGAAGCUUCAGAUCGUGAUUCUAAUAUUCGAUCACAAUGGCGUGAAGUUAGUGUAUGUGGUUCUGUAUAUGAAAUGCGAAGCAAUCGUUGUGUACCAACUAAUUUGGUUAAAGAAGAUAAUAUUCUCACUGAUAUGACAAUUAUAGAUCUUUGCGGAGUAACUUUAUUAUGGCGAUCCAGAUCAGGAUUAAAAUAUACAGCUUGUCCAGAGGAUUUAAUGAAAAUGAUAAAUGGAUUAAAUCAAGCUCAUAUUCAAUGUCCUGUCCUAUAUCGUACAUUGAAACUUCCACUUUUACCUCAAAGUGCACAUUUUUCACCUCAUUCUGACAUAGUUAAUAUGGAAAAUAACAAUGGGAUAUUAAAUAACGACAAUUCACUAUCUAAACUAGAAUCAGAUCAAAUUAGUCCUGAUCAAAUGCCUUAUGUGUAUGUAAGCUGUGGUCAUGUACACGGUUGGCAUAAUUGGCGUGCAGUUGGUGAUGUAAAUAGUCGUCGAACAUGUCCAUUAUGUUUACAAACAUCAGUGUUUAUCCCAUUACGUAUGGGUAUUGAAUCAGCAUUCUAUGUUGAUCGUAGUUUAGCUACGCAUUGUUUUAAUCCUUGUGGACAUAUUGCUUCAGAAAAUACUGUGCGAUACUGGUGUAGUUUACAAUUAUUAAAUCGAUAUAAUUUUGAAUUACACGCAAGAUGCCCUUUUUGUUUGACACAAAUACAUUCAAAACCAGUGAAAUUAUUAUUUCAAAGUGAUUUAUCAGAAGAAGAAUUUUUGGAAUUAAUUAAAGAACAAUUAUACGUGCGUACAUUAAAUAUGGAGAAAUACGAAACAUUAUCACGUUCUAUUCAUAAAAUAAAUAAUAGAUCAUCAAAAAUUAAUUCAUCACAACUGCAUUCCAUUUCUAAUAAUAAUAAUAAUAAUAAUAAUAAUAAUAAUAAUAAUAAUAAUAAUAAUAAUAAUAAUAAUAAUAAUAAUAAUAAUAAUAAUAAUAAUAAUAAUACUCAAGAAUCUAUUCAUUCAACUUCGUCUUCCCCUCCUCAUCCACAUCUUACAUCUUCCUACAACCAUGAUGACCGUCUUCUUUCUUCAUCGUGUUCAUCAUCUGAUGAAGUAUUAUUAUCUUCUACAUCAUCAUUAUCACAAAUUAUAUCAUUACCAACUACCUCCUAUUUAUUAAAUAAUAUUCAUUCAUCAAAUAAUCCUUGUCGAUCGGCAGCAGUAGUAGUAGCAUCACAAGAAAAUUCUAAUUCUUUACGAUUAAAUGAAAAUCAUUCAAUCAAUCAUGAUAAUCUUAAUUUUAACUACAAUUAUUUCAUCAGAUUGAUUUUCGUUUUACUUGUUUUUUUCUCUACUGGACUUUCAUCACCAACAACUGAAACAAUCUUUACUUCUAGACAGAGAGAAAUUACCAAAGUAAUCCAAAUCGUAACUAAGCACAUUAUUUCAAAUUCAUUUGACAUUAUUUGUAUGCUCAAAUAUUUCACUUAUAACGUUAUCCCUAGUAUUAUCAGUGUUCUGAUUCUUAAAACACCUCUACUCAUUAUUUUGAGGGAAAUAAACGAGUUCAUUGCAUACAACACUAAUUCACUUCACUUGGCUUUUUUUCAAAUGGAAUUAAAAAUAAUGUUAUGUUGA